AUGAUUCUUGAAAAUGUACAGUUUAUCAGUGAAGAAAGAAUAUUUAUUAAUCAACUAGUAUUAAGUAGUUUUAAAAUACCAGAAAAUCUACAAAUAAUCAAUGGAGAGAAUAUUGACAAGAAAAACAUUAAUGAAUUGAUUCUUCCAACUACAAUUAGUAAAUUAGGUGAACGGUGUUUUGGGGAUUGUUUAUCAUUAACAUCAAUUAAUAUACCAUCAACAAUCAGUAAAUUAGGUAAAUAUUGUUUUUGUGGAAGUUCAUCAUUAACAUCAAUUACUAUACCAUCAUCAACUAGGGAGUUUGGGUGUUGGUGUUUUAAUAAAUGUUCAUCAUUAAAAUCAGUUAAUAUUCCAUCAUCGGUUAGUAAAAUAGGAUAUGGAUGUUUUAAUUGGUGUACAUCAUUAACAUCAAUCAAUAUUCCAUCUUCAAUUAUAUCAUUUGAAAAUAGAGAUUUUGAUGGAUGUUAUUCGUUGAGAAGUCUUGAAAUAGAAAAUGUACAGUUCAUCAGUAAGGAUAAAAUAUUUAUAAAUGAACCAGUGUUAAUUAGUAUUAAAAUACCAAAAAAUCUACAAAUAAUCAAUGGAAAGAAUAUUGAAAAGAAAGAUAUCAAUGAAUUUAUUGUUCCAUCAUCAAUUACAAAAUUAGGUAGUUGGUGUCUUUGUAAAUGUUCAUCAUUGAAAUCAAUCACAAUUCCAUCAACAAUCAGUAAAUUAGGAGAUCAUUGUUUUUAUGAAUGCACAUCAUUAACAUCAAUUAAUAUUCCAUCAUCAAUUAGUAAAUUAGGAGAAUAUUGUUUUAGUUAUUGUCCAUCAUUAAGUGAAAUUAUAUUACCAACAACAAUUAGUGAAUUAGGAGAUUAUUGUUUUUCUGGAUGUUCAUCAUUAACAUCAAUUAAUAUACCAUCAUCAAUUACAUUAUUUGGAGAAUGUUGUUUUUAUGGCUGUGGAUGUACAGAAGAGUUAAAGAAGAAUAAAACAAUACCAAGAGGAUCUUUUGCAUACAUGUAUUGA